AUGUCUCCACCGUCUGCCAUCCACAACGGCGCCGAGAACAAGCCCACCUUCACCACGCACGAGCCUGGGUUGAGUGCGGCAAAGGCCAGUCACAAGCUGAACGGCCUUGCAUUUCCCAAGCCACCCACCUUUGAGGACAGCCAUUCUGAGCGCAAAUAUCUCAAGGAAAGGCUUGCCGCAGCCUUCAGGAUUUUUGGCAAGUACGGCUUCGACGAAGGUGUCGCGGGACACAUAACCGUGCGGGACCCAGUCGACCCGCAAACCUUCUGGGUCAACCCAUUUGGAGUCGCCUUCUCGCUCAUCAAGGCAUCUGACCUUAUCCAAGUGGACGAGAGCGGCCAGAUUAUCGAUGGCGGCCCGGUCAGGCUCCUCAAUACAGCAGCCUUCAUGAUUCACAGCGCGAUCCACCAAGCUCGGCCAGACGUGAACGCCGCUGCUCACAGUCACAGCAUCUACGGCCGAAGUUUCUGUGCCCUUGGCAAGCCGCUGGAUAUCAUCACUCAGGAUUCCUGCGCCUUCUAUCAGGACCACGUCGUUUACGAGUCAUUCAACGGCAUCGUCCUCGCCGAAGAGGAGGGUAGGAACAUUGCUUCAUGCCUGGGCAACAAGAAAGCGGCACUGCUUCAAAACCAUGGGCUACUGACUGUGGGUCAGACUGUAGAGGAGGCUGUCUUCUGGUUUGUGAGUAUGGAGAAAUGCUGCAAGGCGCAGCUCCUUGCCGAUGCUGCUGCCGCGGGUCGGGGAGGCCAGACGAUCAAGAUCAACGAGGAAGACGCUGCAUACACGGCCAAGACGGUGGGGACACCGAUGGCAGGAUGGUUUAGCGCGAAGCCGCUCUUCGACGUUAUCCACAACGAGACGGGAGGGGACUACCUCGGGUGA